GGUUCAAACACAUCUAUCAUUCCCCCUCUCUUGAAGACAGAUCAUAGUUCUUCGACUUUUCAACUUCAUACUUUCCUCUUCUCAUGUCGAGAAACCCAUCUAUUCUCUUGUAUCAUCCAUUUGUUCGUCUCUUUUUUAUCUUCGUUCCCUGGACAUGGCCGCUGCUCAGGGUAUCAACUUCGUGAGAUUCUUCUUCUACGAAGGCAAUACGAUCAGCGCCGUUCGUAAGAAGGCACUUGUAGCCCUAGCCUAUGCAACGGCUCGAGACCAACAGCUGGCUCCUCGGGCAAUUCUCAUUCGAGCGGACUUGCAUGAGACUACUACCAUUGAAGGCAAGCGUGUCAAAGAUCCGAAAGGCUGGCAUGGCACCUUCGCAUUCAAAACCGAUGAUCAAGUGCAGCGGGAAUUUCACGUGGCAUCGCAUGGAUACACCAACGGAAAAGAGAAUUUCGUCCUGACAGACGCAACACAUGAUCCGGAGAAAUCUGACAAGGUGCCUAGGGGUGGGAAGAACUCUGGAAAAAUCGUUUGGCCAAGUGAGGACGCGCUUGAUGAAUACGUGGACAGUCCCAUCGGUUACUCGCACCUGCCUACACAAGCCUAGGAUGCGGCAAAUUGUCAAUGAGUGUAAGGGCUAGCGAGGCUUUAUCAUGCACAAUAGCCGUGGCAUAUACACUUGGUGGAUGUGGAUAACUCGGGGUAGCAGAGCCUGGUCAGGGCAGGCCGUGAUGCUAGCACUGCACACAAGCCGUAUCGGUCUUUUGCUUUACUGGGCCUAUCCUCAUGCUCCUGGGCAUUUCUUGUCUUGUACUCUGGAUUUGCAAAGUUAAUUAUCAA